AUUGUUAAAUCGCAAUUCUCAUUCGGCAUUCACAUUUCCCAAUUUUAUUAAAAAUUGCAUUUCUAUUAAAAAUAUAAAUCUUAGUAUAAUUUAUGCAUGAGGAACGUUACCCUAUAGAACGUUUGUAAGUCUGUAUUUAAUAAUUUCAUAAAGUAUAAGUGUAAAUUACAUAAUAAUAUUGUGCCUUGCAUUCUGGAUUAUGUGAGACUGACUAGGAAUGCGUAGUUUAUUCAGAUCGUUAUCUAUAUUUAGACAAGGAGUACACUCUAAUAGGAGUGUACAGCUUAGGCAUCCAUUUACAACAGCACUGGUUUGGCGAGCAAUGGAAGAUAAGGAAUCACUAAAGAAACGAUUAACCCCAAUUCAAUACCAUGUAACCCAAGAAGCUGGAACAGAAAGACCUUUUACAGGAGUUUUUAAUAAAUUUUAUGAAGAAGGCCUCUAUGUGUGUCUCGUAUGUAGACAGGGUCUUUUCAGUUCUAAAACCAAAUAUGAUUCUGGGUGUGGAUGGCCAGCAUUCAAUGAUGUCCUUGCAAAAGAUAAAGUGACAUUACACCAGGAUACAAGUGCAGUUGGGGCAAAUAUAUUACUGGUUUUAACACGACCAGGUAUGGUGCGAACAGAGGUGAGAUGCUCCAAAUGCUCGGCUCACCUAGGGCAUGUGUUCAAUGACGGACCAGCCCCAACGAAGAAGCGUUUUUGUAUAAACUCUGCAUCAUUGGACUUCAUUCCCGCUGAGGAACGAACAGAUUAAAAUGGAUUAUUAUUAAACUUUGUGAGUAAUAUUUAAAUAGUUUUUAUGCAAAGUGAACACAAAGCUUGCUAGAUAUUCUGUUUUUUGUUACCGUAUUCAUUUAUUUAAAAAUAAAAAUAUUUUGAUUAAUAUUCUAUACUUGAUAAGAAUGGAAGUGAAAAUAAUAAACAAGGCAUAUAUUAUUUAUAAGUUUCAUGUUGAAAUAUAUGUCAUGCUUGCUGCUAUAAUAUUCUUUCGUAAGGCCUUGCCCACAUGUUAAUAAUGACGGCAAAAUAAUCGCCUCUUUCGCUCUAUACCUAUUAUAGCCUUAGAUUAUGGAUUGGUCUCCGCUGCGCUCCAACUAGAUACCGCAGGCGUAGUCGAAAAAUGCGGCAACUAGUACUACGCCCAAUGUGUGACGUUGAUGUGUCACAUGUUUUGUUAAACUUUGCUAAUAAUUGAAACUUAAAUGCCGGGUUGCGUAGUUAAACUUUAUAAAAAUAAUACAACAUGAAAUAAGAAUGACACUGGGAUCACAUGUCAUCAGUAAGUAAUUUGUAUUUUAUUAAUUUCAAUGUAAUAUAACACGAGGCGUAUGUUCUAUAAUUUGAAAGAUGCCAUUGAGUGUCAAGUUGCCUCGCACAUAAGCAUCUAAUAGUUUCCGUAAUAAAAAAGCUUAGGUAGUCCGGUAUCUAGUUGGAGCGCAGCGGAGACGAUCCUUAAUUGCAGCCUAUAGCAUUCUUUCGACGUCGUUCAUUUUAUGUGCAACCGGCCAAUGUCAUCCAGUGCGUACUUAAAUUAUGUUAUUUAUGUAAUUAUUUUUAUAUUCCGACUUCAUUUGAUUAAGUGUGCAGUAGUCAAAACAGGGUCUGAAUAGCGGUGAGCGAACGUGCGGAAUGUACCUCGGGCGUCAACAAUGUUCCGCGCGUGAUGUAAUAAUAUCAAUGACUGUACAAGUCCACAGUAUUUUCGCUCACCGCUCAAGAUCCGGUAACUUUAGUCACUAUUAUUCUAAUUAUUAUUUAUUAUAUAUAAAUGUUAAAACUUAAACACGUUUAUUAUGUUUCUGAUUUACAAUAGUGGUCUUAAUAUUAUAUUGCAGUUUGUAAUUUAUUAUAUUGUAUUUUGUUUAUACUAUUUAUAAUAUUCUACUAGACCUAUUAGUUACCGUCUCCAGUCAAUAUUGUAUUUUGUAAGUAUAUUUAGUAAAUUUAAGUUAUGAUUAUAAUGCAGUACAAAUUAUUUAUUAUAAUAUUAUAUUGUUGCACAUGCUGAAAAAUAAAUUAUUUUUGUGAUUAA